AUGGCAGCACCAACACGUAGUUUACGUCGCUUGUCAGCUGUGAGAGCGAUUGCCUCUCCCUCGUGCAUGUACCCCUCAAUCGGCCAACGCACCUAUGCUACUACCGAUUCCUCAUCCGCCACCAACACACCAGCGGGAAGCACCCGGCGACCUGCAACCACUUUCCGAGACAAGCUGAACGCCGGCCCCUCGUUCGCUGAUUUCGUCUCCGGCGGCAAGGAAGAGCCUCUCGAUUCCUCGGAAGCCUAUGCCCUCAAGAAAGCUAUGGUCGGCCCGGCCGGCCGCAAGAAGGAAAUGACCCGAUUGCCCGAGUGGCUCAAGACACCGAUUCCGGACUCGAAGAACUAUCAGCGAUUGAAGAAAGAUCUGCGUGGAUUGAACCUGCACACUGUCUGCGAGGAGGCCCGGUGCCCCAAUAUCUCGGACUGCUGGGGCGGAAAUGACAAGUCCGCUGCGACAGCCACAAUCAUGCUGAUGGGUGAUACCUGCACUCGUGGAUGCCGCUUUUGCAGUGUGAAGACAAACCGAGCGCCUCCUCCGCUGGACCCGCAUGAACCGGAGAACACAUCCGAGGCCAUUUCGCGAUGGGGUCUUGGUUACGUUGUUCUCACGAGUGUUGACCGGGACGAUUUGGUGGAUGGUGGUGCCCGCCACUUCGCCGAGACAGUGAUCAAGAUCAAGCAAAAGGCGCCGAAUAUCCUGGUCGAGUGCCUGACUGGUGACUACCGUGGUGACCUCGAGAUGGCGAAGCUCGUUGCUCGGUCCGGACUGGAUGUUUAUGCCCACAACGUUGAGACUGUCGAGGCUCUGACGCCGUAUGUUCGUGAUCGUCGCGCCACCUUCCAACAGUCUAUUCGUGUUCUAGAGGCUGCUAAGCAGGCUCGCCCCGAUCUCAUCACGAAGACCUCACUCAUGUUGGGUCUUGGUGAGACGGAUGAGCAGCUCUGGGAUGCUCUUCGCCAGCUUCGCGCUGUGGAUGUUGAUGUUGUUACCUUCGGCCAAUACAUGCGCCCCACAAAGCGUCACAUGGCUGUUGAGGAAUACGUUACUCCUGACCGCUUCGAGGCCUGGCGCCAGCGGGCCCUGGACAUGGGUUUCCUGUACUGCGCCUCGGGUCCCCUGGUUCGCAGCAGUUAUAAGGCUGGCGAGGCAUUCAUCGAGAAUGUGCUCAAGAAGCGUCGUGCCGGAGCUACGGCUGCGGAAGGCACUGCUGAUAAGACUGUUUUGGCUGAUCAGGCGACGCAUUGA